AUGAGCAAGGUUCAUAGCAGCUGUCUAACCUACUUCCAUAUACAGCCUCCACUACUGCCUAGUGUAGCUUCUAUCAAUUUUAUUUGCUAUAGGGAACAAAUCACACAAUAUUUUUUGUACAAAAGAGCAUACCUAGCCAUCAUGGAUUGUACAAACAUGGGGGCAAAGGUUAAGAGUCAUGUUCCUUGCUUCAGUCACUUUUGCCUCUGGCCCCACCUGCUCCUAAAAUGUGGCCCACUGUCUGAAAAAGGCUCACCAUACCUGCUUUACAGGGAGAAGUGGGGAGCUCCAAAACUGGACAUCAUAACUGAACAAUGUACUUUUCUUUAUUUCUGCUGUUGCAAAUAA